AUGCCAUUCGUUCCACGGAAUUGGCCACUCGAAUGCUAUUCCCUAAAACGCGACUUGAUCCUCCUCACGCUGAACAUGAAGUACCUAGUUCCUCACUUGACGCUGUCCACCGACCUCAAUCCGAUAGAGCGUGACUAUUUGUUGAAUUAUCUUGAUCCAUCUGCCGGUCUGUUGUCCGCUAGCCAUACUGAUCUCCCUCUAUCUACAUCGUCCGAUCUUGGAUCAUGGUUGCGAAACAUCCUUCUGUCGACUAACAAGAACGCGAACACGUCAGCUACUCUGCGGUUGUGCAUCCAAAAAGGGGUUUUCUGA